GCGACCACUGUGUCCCCCCCCGAAUUCGCUCUGUGGCGGGAGAGCGGCAUCGCCUUCGUCCCCCGAGGGGGGGGAGACAGCGCCUGCGUCCCAAACCCCACCCUGCGGAGCGGCCGCCGCGCCCGGGCCGAUGGACAGCCGGGGACAGAGCGAGGGUUCUGGGGGGACGUUGUCACUGGUCCCUUCCUCAUCUUCGGCCUCACCCAGAAUGGCACCCGUGAGAAGACGGCCACAGAGAUCUCAGUGGCCAAUGUCACAGCGCUGCUGUGGGAGCUGCACGGUGGAGGGGGCCAUGAGGAGCCCCCUCGGGAUGAAGAUGAUGAGGAUGGGGACCCUGCCGGCGACCCCCUCUGGGAUGGGGGCAGCCCCCUGGGCCCAGUGCUGCCCUCCUCAGUUCGGAUCCGGUUUCUGCCCCUCGGUUCGGCCCAGUGCCCCCCAGUUCGAGCAGGGUUGGAGCAGCGCUGUGGGGUCCUCGUGCUGGGCUGGAGGUCCCUGGAGGAGCUGACACCCCCUCUGCUGCGCCUGGCGGCCCCCACGGCAGUACUGCUGAUAGAGCUGCCCACGUUCGUGCCCGUCCUGCGGCCGCCUCAGAUCGAGGCGUUCCGGGCGCGGGCGUCGGCGUUGGCACGGGAUGGGGGCUUCGAGCCCUGGGAGGGGGCAGACGUGCCCCUGGGCUACGCGCGCUUCCGGCGCUGCCCCUCGCCCUGACCCCGCCCUCACCACAACAAACCCCGCCCCCACCCCUGACCACACCCACCUCCCUCAGGCCCCGCCCCCAUGCUAAUUUGAGCCAUGAAUCCCCGCCCCUAUCAUCAAGCCCCGCUCCCGACUCACACUUGCCACGUGAAGCCACGCCCCCUCCCCAUUCAUAAAGCGCCCUCUGCUCGCCCCCCCCUGGUUCUACUGCAGCAAGCACCGCAGCCACAGUCCCAUAUAGGGUAGAGCCUGGAGAUAAGGGGGGGGCCACCACAUGCUCCCCCCAUCCCAGGCACUGUUUUUGUCUUCCAGGAGCGCUGACGCACAAUGGCUGAGGA